UUUUGUCAGCAGAGGAACAACAAAAUUAUAUUUUACCUAUUGUAAAAAGAUUUUUUUUUUGGAGGGAGUGAAAUUCGAAUCAACGGAGUGAUAAUUUUAAUGAAAAAUUAUUGAGAAUUUCGAGCUUUUCAAUAUGAUAAUUAUUAAUGUCUUUUACAAUUGAUAUGGAAAUUAUAAUGGUCAUCAAAUGAAAAGCAAUUAUAGCGGUGGAUUGGAGCGCCAAGGAUUCGAAUGGUUUUUAAUAUGCAGUUUCUGUACUUGUCUUGCUCCACUUUCAUGACGAGUCAACGUACUCACUCUUCGCAAUCACAAAUUUCAUAUUCUUUUUGUGCUUCGCAAGAUAGCGCCAUCCCGGAGCUCUGCUUUUGAAAGACGGGGAUCCGAUCCACGUUAUUUGUCAUCGUAAGCCUGUUCUGGUUUGGAGUUUGAGCUGCGCGAGUGACGGGAAGAAUGAAGCUGACUCCAAAGGAGGUGGACAAGCUAGGUUUGCAUAAUGCGGGAUAUCUAGCGCAGAAGCGUCUUGCUCGUGGCUUGAGGCUGAACUACACUGAAGCUGUAGCACUUAUUGCCACACAGAUUUUGGAGUUUGCUCGCAAUGGUGAUCAGAGCGUGGCACAAUUGAUGGACUUGGGGCGAAAACUUUUAGGAAGGAGACAAGUUCUUCCAGCUGUUCCACAUCUUGUGGAUUUUGUGCAGGUUGAAGGAACUUUUCCCGAUGGGACUAAGUUAGUCACAGUUCAUAGGCCCUUUGAUGACGAAAAUGGGAAUCUGGAGCUAGCGUUGGACGGUUCUUUUCUUCCAGUUCCUUCGUUAGAAAAGUUCCCUUUGAUGGAAAAUAAUCCGGUGCCUGGUGAGAUUAUCUGUCCAGUUGAUAAGAUUGCGAUUAAUGUUGGACGGAAAGCUGUAAUACUCAGUGUAGUCAAUAAGGGAGACAGACCCAUUCAGGUUGGCAGCCACUAUCACUUUAUUGAGUUGAAUCCUUCCUUGGUUUUUGAUCGAUCAAAAGCUUAUGGCAUGCGCCUCAACAUACCAGCAGGAUCAGCUAUACGAUUUGAGGCAGGGGAUAGAAAAAGUGUCACACUUGUAGCUGUUGGUGGUAACAAAGUUAUCAGAGGGGGAAAUGGCAUUGCUGACGGCCCAGUUGACAAUUCUAAAUUGAAAGAAGUGAUGGAAGCUGUGCAUGCAAGAGGCUUUGGACAUUUAGAAGAAGAUGAUGCUAGAGAAGGUGUCACUGGAGGAGAAGGGGAUGAUGAAUUCACCACCAAAAUUUUUCGUGAGGACUACGCGAACCGGUAUGGUCCUACUACUGGUGACAAAGUUCGACUUGGUGAUACAGAUUUAUAUGCUAAAAUCGAACAUGAUUUCUCUGUUUAUGGAGAUGAGUGUGUAUUUGGAGGUGGAAAGGUUAUUAGAGAGGGAAUGGGCCAGUCCUGUGGGUGUCCACCAGCUUUAUCUCUUGAUACAGUAAUAACCAAUGCAGUCAUCAUCGAUUAUACCGGAAUUUUCAAGGCAGAUAUUGGUAUCAAAGAUGGCUUCAUUAUGACCCUAGGAAAAGCUGGCAAUCCUGAUGUCAUGGAUGGUGUUUGUCCUGAUCUGAUUAUUGGGGCUAAUACUGAGGUUAUUGCUGGAGAAGGAUUAUUGGUUACUGCAGGGGCUAUAGAUUGUCAUGUGCACUUCAUAUGCCCUCAACUGGCAUAUGAAGCAAUAUCAAGCGGCAUCACAACACUGGUGGGAGGUGGAACUGGGCCUGCCGCAGGAACUUGUGCUACUACUUGCACGCCAUCCCCAGUGCAGAUGAGGAUGAUGCUGCAAUCAACUGAUGACCUCCCCUUGAAUUUUGGGUUUACAGGAAAAGGGAACAGUUCAAAGCCAGAUGAGCUACAUGAAAUAGUAAGGGCUGGAGCAAUGGGAUUGAAGCUACAUGAAGACUGGGGAACUACUCCUGCUGCAAUUGACAGUUGUUUAACUGUGGCAGAAAAAUAUGAUAUUCAGGUGAAUAUUCACACUGACACCUUGAAUGAAUCUGGAUUUGUGGAACAAACGAUUGCGGCUUUUAAGGAAAGAACUAUACACACAUACCACAGUGAAGGAGCUGGAGGUGGUCAUGCUCCUGAUAUCAUUCGAGUGUGUGGUGUGAAAAAUGUGCUGCCUUCAUCAACUAAUCCUACACGACCAUUUACGUCAAACACUGUAGAUGAACAUCUUGACAUGCUGAUGGUGUGCCAUCAUCUUGAUCGCAAUAUUAAAGAAGACGUAGCUUUUGCUGAAUCAAGAAUUAGGAAGGAAACAAUUGCUGCAGAAGAUAUCUUGCAUGAUUUGGGGGCAAUCAGUAUCAUAUCUUCUGAUUCACAGGCUAUGGGUCGCAUAGGAGAGGUGAUUAGCAGAACUUGGCAAACUGCACACAAAAUGAAGUUGGAAAGAUCGCCUGAGAUAGACAAUGACAACUUUCGGAUCAAGCGAUAUGUAUCCAAAUACACCAUAAAUCCAGCCAUAGCAAACGGGUUUUCUCAGUAUGUUGGUUCAGUAGAGGUCGGAAAGUUGGCUGAUCUUGUUCUUUGGAAGCCUGCCUUUUUUGGGGCAAAACCUGAAAUGGUGAUUAAAGGUGGUAUAAUUGCAUGGGCGAACAUGGGUGAUCCAAAUGCAAGCAUUCCUACUCCUGAACCGGUACUGAUGAGGCCAAUGUUUGGAUCCUUUGGGAAGGCUGGAAGUGGCAACUCAAUUGCCUUCGUCAGCAAGGCAGCAGUUAACGCUGGAGUUAAAGCCAUGUACGGACUCAAAAAGAGAGUUGAAGCAGUAGGAAAUGUUAGGAAACUUACUAAACUUGACAUGAUGUGGAAUGAUGCCCUUCCACACAUCGAAGUGGAUCCCGAAACAUACACCGUGAAAGCUGAUGGCGAAGUUCUUACCUGCCCGCCCGCCACUUCGGUUCCACUUUCACAAAAUUACUUCCUUUUCUAGUCUUGCCUGAACUCUUCAUCGUCUUGAAUUUCCUACUUUAUUUCAAAUUCUCAAGUAGGUGAUACUUUCAGAAUAAGGCAAAAUCAAAAUGCCACUUUAGCCACAUGGAAAAAUGGCAAUGGUCUCGGUUCUUUACUCCUAUUAUACCCUCCGAAUUAUCUAUCUUUGGAUAACAUUACAUUUGAAAGCAUGUGGGUUAGAAUCAUUGCAGCAGGUCGACGGUCGGAAAUGCCAAUAUUUCCUGAGCGGCGUUUUGUUUUACUAUUUGCUGCUUUCUUCAUGGUUUUUACUUUUGUAGGCCGGAGAAUGUCGGCGAGUAUUGUCUACAAUGCAUGAUGCAGG